AUGGCAAAACAUUUCUUUCGUCUCUCACAAGGGCACGUUACUCAGAGGCGAAAGUGUUCCACCUCAUUUGCUACAAGCACACCAUCUUCUGCUCUGGAUAUGUUCCCACGUGUCAGUUCCACUCAGGCAGCUUGGGGUACUACUGCACAGGACAACAGCAGCUCCAGCAAGAACAACACACAGCAACAGCUGAGAUCUCCCAGCCCCCUGGCUUCACCUGCUCAAACUGCUGUUAUUUCUCAUAGAAACUCUGUGGGUAAAGAGACCUUUUGUGAGCAGCCACAGACAAAAGAAAUGGGGUGUGGUGUUGAAAUGGACCCCAGCUAUAGCCAAGUCCCUGAGUUUGUUCCUGUAAAGGUUAAAAGCAAAGAAAGUAAUACUGGUAGACCUCAAGGUGAAGAGUGUGCUCAAAAUGCAAAGAAGCUUCUUCAACCAAAAGUUGCAACAUGUUCUAGUGAGGCUGAAGUCUGUGAGAAGGGGCAGAGGACAAAUGAGGGGGCUUUUGACAGGAAGAAUAGAGACUGUGGUGUGGAGCACCAUUCCCACUCUCCUGCUGGAGUCCAAGACUUUGGAAGUACAUAUGAGGUGAAUCCAGCACAGCUGCAGAGUCUUGAAAGUGUUGACUUGAUGCAAAAGGUUAAGAAGGUACCUAUGUUUGAGAUACAAAGUAUGGAGAGCUUGCUAAAAUCCCCAGUUUGUACCUUCUCAAGUCAUGAUGUUCCCUCAGAUGAUUCCAGUCUACAAAAUCCUACAAAAUUUUCAAGUGAGAGCAGAAAAAGCAUCAGGCAGAAGGCUAACAGAAAAACUAGAGUAAUUCGGCAAAGAGAGGAUUCUGAUGAGGAAUAUGUGCCAAGCCAUGUGAUAAUACCAGAGGCCAAAGCUGAAGACCAGCCUGAAAGAAGCUUAAGAAGCAGGAAGAAUGCUGUCAGGAAAAGCAAUUGUGAUCAGAGAAAUGAAGUUAACGGUUUUAGGCCCUGGAUAGAUGUUCAAGAAGUAGCUAAUGACAGCACAAAGGAUUUGCCAGGUAAUCUUAAGCAGCGCAGGGAAACUUACAUUGUCCAUCCUUUGGAUCUUGCAGGAAACUCGGGUUGUUUCCAGACAGAAUUUGAGGGUGGUGAAAAUGUACCUCCCAGGUCUGUUCCUGGGAGCAAAGGGAGCAAAAUCCCCAGAGCUGCUAAGAGCAAUCAAAAGAGCACUAUAAAACAGAUAGGGGGCCUUCAAGAAAAGGGGCAAGGUGAAGUUGACAACAACAUGAAUGCUUUGAAAAAAGAAGCCUCUUGCAAACCCAAGGCUCAGAGGAAGAGGAGCAACUCUCGACCUCCAGAUUCUGAUUCCCUGGCUGGAAAAAGUGAUGGUGCUAAGGUUCUCAUUGGAAGUUCCACAGAACUUGCAUCCAAACAAACUGUCCUGAUGGGGAAGUUUUCCUGCAUUACACAUCUGCUGUCUGAGCCAGAUACUUUCCUGGAGGAGCAGCUACCUGAGAUAUCACUUGCAGAUAGUCUUACAGACUUUUCACACAGUCUUGAGGCCUCCCAUGUGAGCAGUUCUGGAGUUUUGCCUGUCAGCUCUAGACUUACAGAAGUAUCAGUUUCCAAGAGCUUAAGUACUGAGGGCAAGAGAAUGUCAGCAAAAUCCCCUGUUUGCUUGAAAAACUCCCUGAUAGUAAAAAAAAAGACUGCAGAGGAAAUACCUGGGGAAAGGAACCAAGUCCAGUCAAGUUCUUGGAGCACACCUUCAAAGGAACCUGAUAUCAGGCCACUACAGGACUUGAAAAAUGCCUGUGUUUUGACACAUUUGACAAUUUGAGCCUUGUACCGUGGAUUUCUUCUGUUUUUAAUUCUUUGGGACUCAUGGGGUGGAGAAAGUGGUUGAGACAAAUUGAUGGAGGUCUGUUUUAAUGAUUGGCAUGGCCCUUAAGCGCUCUAUGAUUAGCCCGUAGCUAUCUUCUGCUUCCUUCGUGUUCUCUCCUCCUGUCUGCCAUGUAAAGCUCCCUGCAGCAGAGGGUAAGCCCUAUACCAACCAACAUUAAGGAAUAUUUGAAACACAG